GGGAAUAGAAGGAUGCACAAUUCAGGGUCUUGUUUUUUCUUUCUCAUAGAGAUGAUCAAAAUCUUUGUAUGAAGUUGGAACAGCUAUGCUGACAUCUUAGAUGGAAAACUAAAAGUCACGAGUCGAGAAAAGAGAUGCCUUCACAAACAGAAGAUAGUUGAUGACAGGCGUUAAGAUUGGAACUCGCAAUCGUAAUUCGGUAAAUUAAAAUACCUUUACGACUGAUGUGUUUGAGCCUCGUGUUGCCAUUGUCUGCCUAACCAAACGAACAAGUUCAGCAGAAAAAAAUACUUUGAGGAUAUAAAAUAUAAGUAUCGAUACCAUUAUUCCUGGAUCACACAAAUUAUGAAAAGGUAUUUUAAUUCAGUGGGAAUAGAAGGACGCACAAUUCAGGGUCUUGGUUUUUCUUUCUCAUAGAGAUGAUCAAAAUCUUUGUAUGAAGUUGGAACAGCUAUGCUGACAUCUUAGAUGGAAAACUAAAAGUCACGAGUCGAGAAAAGAGAUGCCUUCACAAACAGAAGAUAGUUGAUGACAGGCGUUAAGAUUGGAACUCGCAAUCGUAAUUCGGUAAAUUAAAAAUACCUUUACGACUGAUGUGUUUGAGCCUCGUGUUGCCAUUGUCUGCCUAACCAAACGAACAAGUUCAGCACAAAAAAUACUUUGAGGAUAGAAAAUAUAAGUAUCGAUACCAUUAUUCCUGGAUUACACAAAUUAUGAAAAGGUACUCUUUGGUUCUAUUGGGUAAAGUCACGUAGGUGAAAAUAAAAUAAAAAAUCACGACGUUUCGGCCACAACACAAGCGGCCUUCAUCAGGUGAAGGGACGAGACUGUCUGGAGGACAGUGGGAAUAGAAGGACGCACAAUCCAGGGUCUUGGUUUUUUUUCUCAGAGAUAAUCAAAAUCUUUGUAUGAAGUUGGAACAGCUAUGCUGACAUCUUAGAUGGAAAACUAAAAGUCACAAGAGUCGAGAAAAGAGAUGCCUUCACAAACAGAAGAUAGUUGAUGACAGGUGUUAAGAUUGGAACUCGCAACCUGCUGAUUGUUACUGAGUGCCCUAGCCACCGUCUUUACAUUAGCAAGUCCGCCCUGGGUAAUAUUUUUUACGUAAACAUUUUUUGCCGAGUUCUUGAAUGUUGGAGGUUGUAAUCUGCUUUUAUCCUUUAUAGUAAGGGGGAUUAAUGGCUUUGGGAGGUAAUGCGUAUGCCCUUGUAUUGACCUUAAGCUUAAGAUUGGGAGGCCAAGAGGAUUGUUGAAUGCACACAUAUUUUGAGAUUGUAAAGGGUCCAGCACAAACAGUUUUGUUCACCUUGGUGUCACCUGGUCUUUGAAUUAGAUUCUAAAUGCUAUGAGAAAGCAUUGUCUCCACACUAGCAUGGGGCCUUGAUAUGUCCGUAGAUGUCCCGAGCAGCUGCCUAGUAUGGUUGUCAAACGAGCCCGGCGCAAACAAUGAGAUAGAAACCCUCUCCCCUGUCCAAUUUUCUCUUAUAGCCUGGCGCCACGACUCUACAAAUCCCGUGCCUACAUAAAGCCACAACAGCAGAUCAUUAUUUAUCACCUGAUGUCGGACGCUUGCGUUGUGACCGAAACGUCGUUUAAAAAAAAAUGUGUUCUAUCUACGUGACUUUACCGAAAUAACCAGAGAGCGUCCUCUCCUAUUUACGUCAACCAUUAGCAAUACACCACCACUGUUAGUAAUGUUAAUAUUGAAAUCUAUACUAAUUGUGUUAUAAAAAGUUAACUUAAAUAUGUGAGUCCAAGACAGUGUUUUUUUAAGUUGUCAGCGGUCACAUUGAUGGUAUAACAGCUGCGUGCCUUAGCCGUGAGAAUUAACCACAUUACGUAAUUAAGAAAAUAAUUAAGAAACGAAUUAAGAAACGUUGCCAAGGCGGGCAAAUUGGUUUAGAGACCAACAGUGCAAUUAGUAAUCCUAGGUUACAUAAGCAUCACCAUUGCAUUCCAUAGUCUGAAUUGACAGAUUUACAUUUCCUAUUUAACAUCGUCGACGACGGCAUUGUAAGCCAUACAACGCUUUGGCAUACGAAUUGUAUAACGUAACGCGGAUGCGCGCUGGUUCGAAUUCGUUACUACUGACAAAGCGCGUGCCGUUCGUUUUCGCAGUACGCAUAGGCAAACGACAAAAAAACCCAUUUUGCAUUUACCAGCGUGGAUAGGUAUCGGAGGUUACAUUUUGGUAGUGCGCAUAAGCGCGCGGUGUCUCUUUCGAGAGUUCCGCUGUGCAAGACGCCGCCGGUCGCCAGGCUACGGAGUUUUUUUUGGGUAGUGGGGGGGCGGCAGCUAUCACUAAACACGCAGGCCCCGUGGCGGCUCCGCUCCCUUCAACUGCAAACAAACCAAAAAAAAGCCACGAAGCUCACCCAGCCUGGAGACAGCGCGAAGAUUACAGUGCCGUAAUCCUAGAGCGGGGCUCAGCAAUUCUGCAACUCCAGAAAAGGGAAUUUUAAUUUAACAACCUGCAUAGCGAUAGUAACACCUUGCGUACAUUAGUGAGCCAAUUGCAGGACACGUUUUUAAUGAAACACACGUGGGUACUCAAAUGCAGUAUAAACUGCACAUUUGCACAUAGGUCAGUAUGUUUAAUAUGAAAACGAAUAGUUGAAUCUGCUGAGCAGGACCCUCCUGAAGAGAGAGAGUAUUUGAGACUUAGUGCAAGGCUUUUCCGGGCUAAUAUUUCCAAACAUUUAAAAAGUAAUUGCGUUUUGCACUGAGCACCACCGUCAUGGUCUUGUGAAUGUUCGGAUUAUGUGGAAUUUUGUAAGUACUAUAGUCACAGAGCAGUUAGCUAAGGUCAUUGGAGUGCCUUUGUGUUAAGUGGCUGUUGGAUCAUUAUGAAGCGGUGAAUACAUUUUUACAUUUAUAUUUAGCACUAUGUGCAGUGUACUUGAAUGGUCCUCGGAGCACAGUGAUGAUUUGCCAGUUCAGCACUACCUCAUACAGUUCGCAUGAACACUUUGGUGAAGGCUGUGCCUUUGUGUGCCCAGUGGAGAUUAUGAGUACGUGGCGUUUGACUUCAUAGAUGCAGUAACCUUUAUCAUUAUACGAGCCUAAACAUUAACUCGGAUAUCAAAAAUAACAACUGGAAUCAAACAACGACUUCUCAAUCAUUCCACCGACUUCUGAAUCAUUCCACCGUGAGAAGAGACCGUGUGCUGGAGACCUGCAAGACUUGGCGUGACUGCAUUGCAGCCACAUCCCUGUGGCCAUAUCGCACCAUCAUCCCACAGCGACCUCCCAACGUUAAUUCCUACAAGGAACCGACGUUAUCUUUCUUUGGAGGAGGACGCCGUUGAGUGACGACAAUGCCGUCCGCAUCCAGCAGUGGCUCGGAGAGCAGUCUCGCCUCAUCUGACGAGGAUACAGAGCCGGAGAGGGAGCACAGCCUGGUGGUGCAAUGGGUGGGCAGCGCCCACAAGACCCCCGUGCUGCUGUUCCAUCCCGACGCCAUUGUGGGCUCGGAGCUGGCCUUCAAGACGAUUGGAGAACGCUACCACCUGGCCUACAAGUUUGUACGGACUGAAAGUCGGCUUGUGAGGAACAUCCUGGGUUCCCAUGGCUUCCAUGAGGUUCAUCCGAGCAGCAAUGACUUCAACCUGAUGUGGACGGGCACUCACCCCAAGCCCUUCUCGUUACGCUCGCUCACCGACUUCCAGAAGGUCAACCAUUUCCCCAGGUCGUAUGAGCUGACUCGUAAAGACCGCUUGUGCAAGAACGUGCAGCGCAUGCAGCAGAGCCAUGGACAUAAGCAUUUCAACAUCAUCCCCGCCACUUUCCUGCUGCCAGCAGAGUAUCAGGACUUCUGUUCCGCCCACUCUAAAGACCGGGGGCCGUGGAUUGUGAAACCAGUGGCCUCGUCACGGGGACGAGGAGUCUACCUCGUCAACAGCCCCAACCAGGUGACGAUGGACGAGAACAUCCUCGUGUCGCGAUACCUGGGAAACCCUCUGCUCAUUGACGACUUCAAGUUCGACGUGAGGCUCUAUGUUCUCGUCACGUCCUACGAGCCACUCGUGAUCUACCUGUACGAGGAGGGGCUCACCAGGUUCGCCACGGUAAAGUAUGACCGCAACUCCAAGUUCAUCAAGAACCAGUUCAUGCACCUGACGAACUACAGCGUCAACAAGAAAAGCCGCGACUAUGUCAGCUGCGAUGACCCGGAGGUGGAAGACUUCGGUAACAAGUGGAGCAUGAGCGCGAUGCUGCGUUGCCUCAAGCAGGAUGGACACGACACCACGGCCCUGAUGGCGCGGAUUGAAGACCUCAUUGUGAAGACGAUCCUGUCGGUGGAGCAGACCAUCGCCUCGUCUGUGCGCAUGUUUGUGCCGCACAGAGGCAAUUGCUUCGAGCUGUAUGGAUUUGAUGUCCUCAUCGAUGCCAACCUCAAGCCGUGGCUCUUGGAAGUCAACCUGUCUCCUUCCCUGGCGUGUGAUGCUCCCUUGGAUCUGAAGGUCAAGGCCAGUAUGGUGUCCGACAUGUUCAGUCUGGUCGGGUUCGUGUGCCAGGAUCCUUUGAUUGCCCGAGUCAAGGGCAAACCACAGGGCACAGAGUUGCCUGGCCGCCCAGCCCCCCACACACAGAGGGUUUCCACUGGCAGACCACAAACUGCAAAUCAACACUUGGUUUUGAGGGCGACGUCGGCCAACGUUUCAGAUGCCACGUGUUUAUCUGCCAGUCACGUGAGCAUCCUCGGCCUAUCAGUAGAAGAGGUGAAGGUUCUGCGCCGUGUGCAGGAGGAGUACGAGCGCAGAGGCGGGUUUGUCCGGAUCCUCCCUACUCCCCACUCCUGGGAGCUCUACGGUAACUUCAUGGAGAAUAAGACGACACUCAACCACAUGCUGGCCACACGUCUCUUUCACAGCCGGGCGGCAAAACCGACUGCGACUACAAGCAUUCCCUCCGUAAUGGGAAAAGCCAAGGUCGUGGAGCCGGCUCUGCUGGGCGAGGCCUACGCCAGGCUCCACCUCUACGAGCGCAGGCUCCUCUCGCUGGAGGCGCGCAAGCGACGGCGCCGGCAGCAACGGGAGCGUACGGCAGAUAAGCGGAGGGCGAGGAACAGGCGGCUUCCUGCUGAGAGAAAACCAACUUCCAGGAAGGGAACCUCAAGGAAAUCCUCCCAAGAGGAGGCGGAGGAAGAGGCGGAGGACCUCGAUGCGGAAGACGAGGAUGAAGAAAACGGAGAAGAUGACGAGGACGACGAUGGUGACGACGACAGCGUGGAUGAGGAGCCGGUUGUGGAGAGGGUUGCCAAACAGAACGGAUCGACAGCCAAGAUCCAGACUGCGGUUGCCAAGGAGACCAUUGUUGCCAGGGAGACCAGGGAUGUCGCACAGAAGGCGCCGAGAAGGGACGAGGCUCGGCCCAAAGACGCCGUUCUGGGAGCCCUGCUCUCUGGAGGGAACCUCAGCAAGGUGCAGGCGCGGCAGGCCUUUGCUGCGUACCUGUCUCGAGUCCAGCAGCGACUUGUGCAGGAGAGCAGGGAGCCCGCUUCCUCUGGGCCGCCGCUGCCCACGGACACCGAGCAAAUGGACCUGGUGGUGCGUUUCCUGCGCCGCGCGGCCGAUAACCUCCAGGCUCCCGUGCGCGUGGCGCUGCCUGGGCGCCGGCUGUCCCCGGCCGACCGCAAGCGCGUGCUGGCGGGGCAGCUCGGGAUCUUCCUGCUGCACUACAACCGGGAGACGGAGCUGAUGACCCAGCGCUCCACCAAGGAUGGAAAACUCGGAGCAGACACGCUGCCUCCCGAGAUGUUCCACCGCUUCAUGGACAGUGCGAGUGAGGGGGAGCUGGAGGAAGUUCUCACUCAGUAUACGCACAAGAACCGCUCUGCGAGUGUCUUCCUGGGCACACGGAAUAGUAACGCAGUGGCAGAUCCCAAAGGCCUCCACGAGACCCCCUCAGACUUGGCCCCCGCUGGCAAUGCGGAGAAGGCCGAGAGUGAGAGCAAUGCUCUGCCUCGCUCCGGAACGCACCAUCGCGAAACAGGAGCGGCGGUGGUGGCAUCAAAACCACCCCAGUACCCUCAGCCGGCGUGGCAGGGCCUUCCCACACAGGGCGCUCCGAGCGCCGGUAACCCAGGAUCCUGGGAGAAGCACGGCGCCUCUUCCGCCUCCGUUGUCGCCGCCACACACGUGCCCGGCUCGGCAGGGGGCUCGCAGGACAGGUGCUGUAAAGACGGUGGCACAAAUACUGACAGAUUGACCCAGCAUCCAGCAGUGCCAGCAAGUGCCUCUCCCUGCGCUUCCAACUCCUCCACUCGUGCCGCUUCCAUGGAGCUCCAGCUUUUGCCAAACGGCGACGGUCGCGGUGGUAGCGGCAGCGGCAUCGGCGUCUCCGGUUCAGGCCCGAGCUCUGGGUCAUCCCCGGUCACUGGCGCUCGGUCGUCGCCUCCAAGCAUGCCGGAGACCUCGGCCGCUACCGCUCAAGCGCAGCCGCUGACGGUAGCUGCAGUAAAGGCGGCAGCGGCAGCAGCAGCAGGUGGCGGCUGCGGCGUCAGAUUCGGGCUGUGGGCGAACUCGCACACGGGGCAGCCGGCAUCGUCGAUUCAUUCUGCCGCGACCAUUUACAGCCAGCGGCUGGGACGGCCGGCCUCCGCCAAAGUGGCGCACAGCCGUACCGGCUCGUCGCCCGUUCGGCAGCGGCCGGGAACAGCCGUGGCUCUGUCCCGUGAACAAGCGUGGGGCGGCGACGCCGUCGCGGUGGCGCUGAAGCGAUUGGCCGAGAAGCAGGCGUCGCGGCAGUACACGGCGGCCGGGCUGCUCGGCCAGCACCUCGCUAACUUGAACCCGGCGGGCCGCUCGUUGGUACGGCCUGAGUCUGGGCCGGCUCCCGCCCUCCACUCUGGCGGCAACGCCGCCCCGAGUCAUUCUGCAACCCAGCACCUGGCCGUUAAAUCGGCACCGGACUUCGGAAUCUCUCACCUGCCCAGCGGCGGCGGCGGCGGCGGCGUGCGGCAGAGUUACAUCAGGAGGACAGCGGAAGGGUCGGGUCGACCCCACGCCGCCGCGCUGAGCUCCUCACCAGACCCGCUGGCCGCAUGGGACCGCAUGUACGGGCAGCUGGCGGUCCUUGCCUCACGUCAUCCUGGCGGCCACCAGCCUCACAAGCCGGAUCGGGGCAGCCCCUGGCACCGCCCUGACGCCAGCGGGAGGACAAGGCAGCUCCCAGCCAGCGUCCGCAGUGACGGGGAUGCGGAUUUGCGCGAGACGGAAGCCCAAGAAGCCGUCACGCGUGUUUUCGAGUGGAAGAGCGGGGCGGGCGGAGGGCGGUGGGGGCAACAUCCGGAGGACAGCGCGGCGGGGGGCGGCACGGCGCACCGGCCGGAUCCGGGCCGAGCAACGCUGCUGCUGCAGCAGCAGCAGCAGCAACAGCAGCAGCAGCAACAGCAGCAGCAGCAACAGCAGUCGCGGGAGCUGCUGGAGACGAGCCGGGCCCGACACCUGGCGAUGCUGGCCGAGGGCCCCCCGUCCGUGCCGUGGACCCAGAGGGCGACUCCGCUCGUGCCCAAGCCUCCGUCGUCCCCGCUGCCGAGCCGGAAACAGCUGCCCCCACCGCUCCGCAUCGCCAGGGCAUCCUCGGCAGAGCGCCGGCGCGCAGUGACGGUGGUGACGGCGACAUCGACGGGGGGCGGACGUGACGAGAGCACAGAGAGACGUCCAGCCACAGGCUCUUGACAGCGGGCCCUGGCGACGCAGAGGAGGGAGAUGAGUCACACUUCCGAUUGGACAUCACACAGAGGGGUUGAGCAGUGAGGGGGCGUGAGAAGCCUGGAGGAGCCUUGCUGGAGGGGGGAGGGUGGUGGCUCUGCGACCUGCAGAUGGAAUUGAGUGGGUUGGAUGGGAAUGUCUGUGUGUGAAAGUGGACACAUGAGUGUGCUGAGCUAAUUGAUAACCUCAGUGAUCGCGUGCGUGUGUGUGUGUUGUGUGUGGUGGGUGUGUGGCGGGUGUGUGUGUGGUGUGUGUGGUGUGUGUGUUGUGUGUGAAUGGGAAGCGAUAGCCGUUGUGUUCAGCGAGCUGCGCUGUGAACCCAGCGGCCAGAGUUCGAUUCCCGCUCACGGCCAACACCAGUGAAGAUUAUCUGAACCGGUCCUGGGUUUCCCCGAGGUUGGCCUCAAAUAAGUACUUGGUGCCGAGCCUAAACAUCUGGGGAGACAAAGGCAGCCUGCUGGCCACCCACCUUCGUGUAUGCUGUGUCGGCCUUCAUAGGUGCUCGCUAACAGCACUUGCCCCAUCAGUCUAUUAGAGACUAUAUGGAGGAGGACCUUGGUGUGUGGCUGUGUGUGUAUCAACUGAGCACUCUCAUGUCCUCUGCUCAAACACAGCUGGGGAGCGGUGAUUCAGUGGUUCGUACACCCAAUUUAUUGUACUCUUGUAUCACUUUCGAUUUACAAGGCAAUGAUUUCGACGACACAUUAUAUAUGUGGUCAAAUGUGUUCCUUCAAUUGGCAGUCUACACCGCUAAAAGCAGUGGAUCUUCUCAACCUGGGGUGCGCGAGAUGCCCUUUCUGGGGGUGCGAGACGUGCCAGAUUUUUUUAGUAGGUAAAUCAUAGAAACACACUUAAGUACAACUACUUUGUUUAAUCAAACCAAUGUAUUUAUUAACAUAUAUUUUGUUAACGAUUGUGAACCAAAGGGGGGGGGGGGGGGGGUACAAGGCUGAAGUCAAAGUGAAGAACCACUGGCUCAUAGCAAUAUGUGUUGGCAAGUAUAUGGUGUGCUCCAAAUCGGGCAGCCGUGUGAUGUCAUCCAUCCGGCGAUGGAUGACAUCACAGACGCGUGUGUUGGGUUCUGGGCUUGGCUUCCCUCUGUGUAGGUUGACUCGGCCGUGAUUAAGCGUCUGUCUCAAGCCGGUGGCAUUAAACACCACAGCCACCCUCCUCCCGUGUGUCAGUGGCGUCCUCAAUUGGGCGAUCGCGUCAGUCAUUUCAGGUUCUAAAUUGUCGCUCAGCGUUAUUUUUUUUGUGUUUGCGUGCGCGUGUGUGUACAUAUAUCCUCGUGUUUACACCCCUUUAAUUUUCUGGCAAUUCGAUUGAUUCAGAGCAGGUCGUGGUGCCAAUAUAUACUACAGCGGUGCUGCUGCCGCAUUUUCUAGGCUGCCGGGGCCCGAACCAAAGCUUUCGCUUUAAUUCCUCUGCAGUAUGAUACGAAUUACUCUCCGAUACAAAUCGCUUUGUUUAAAUUGCAUUAAUAACGUAUGCACAAGUUUACGCUCUGGGACACGUUCAUCUGUAUUAGAUCUCGAGAACCCAGUAGUGGAAAUUCCACAUUGCUAUGGUGGGGACCAAUCUCCCCUUAAUGUAAUUUAAUGAACGACUGUUUUACUAUUUUGAGAAUCGGGGUCUUGUUCAAGAGCGUGUAUAUUUUUUUAUUGCCGGAUCGCGUACACACGAGUGACAUUUGUAAUCGUGUCCAUCGAACUGUGUCCAUUGAGUCGCGAGCGGGCUGAUGGGCAAAAAUAAAGAAAUAGCGGCCGGGAUUCUACGAAGCGUCGUGUUUGUUCAAAUUGUAUCAUCGUCCGACGUGACACGGAUUUAAAGCGUCGUGAAAUACAUCGACUGCAAACGUAAAAUAAGUAACAUUUUUAAAAAACUUUUUUUGAAACACGCUUUAAUGAAAUGUACCGUACUAGUAAUGGCAGAACUCCACAACUCCAGUAAGUGGCCCGAAGUUUGACACAACGUAAUUGGCCGUGGUGAUUUACAGCCAGCGUGAGUUGAGCGUGGACAAUUAGCCCCAAGCCGAAACAUAACAUAUAAAAAAUAAUGUUAAAAAUAUAUGUUUUAAUGAUAGAAUAAAGUAUUGUCAUCAGUAUGACAUAAGUAUACCAAGUUUGCAGUCGAUACCACAUUGGGAGGUGGGUUAAAAUUUAGUUACAAGAUUUGAGGAUACAACAGACAAGAGUGAGUUAAUCAAAAGGUGGUAAUUUUUAUUUCUUCUGAUGAGGCAAAUUAUCAAAGAUGUUGUCUAUUGGCAGUCGUGUAACACCUAGGAGCUUUGUAACGUUUCACUCACCGGCGCAGCAGCGAUAGUGCCCCCUCACAAUCGCGGCGCGUUUAAAAGUGAGCACGCCGGAUCAAUCGACGGUUCACAAUUUAGCUUUAUUUGUGCCAAGAGUUAUAAUGAAGGUGGCGGAAGCAACGACCGAACGAUUGCAAAUGAGACGGUCAAAAUAAAUAUAUAUGGAGACGUU